AUGGCUUUUGCCGAUUUGCUAUCCGGAGCUGUAUCUCUCCCCAUUCUCAUUUACACCAUUGGAGCUGGCUUCAUGCUUUGGAAAGCACGUUUGGACAAGACGUUUUAUGGUUAUCAAGUUUUUGGUCAAAUCGUUGUCUUACAGGCGUCACUAAUUUCUGCGGUAUUAAUUACUUGUGAAAGAUUUUACGCUGUCUAUUGGCCGCUGAAGCACCGAAUUCUGUCAAUGGGAGCGUACCACACAGCAAUUUUUAUGGUUUGGAUACUAGCCAUCCUUUUUUCCAUUCCUCAGCUCUUAAUUUCCAACAAACUUGCUCUUUACACUUUUGUUUCGAUCUUGUUGAGUCUAUUAUUUACAGUAUGUAUCUGUAACAUAGCUAUUUGGAGAAGACUUCAACGACGAAUUGCAUCGCAACAACAAAACCGAGAAGCACAAAAUUGA